GCUUGAAAGUGCGGAACAGGCUGGUGGACCUGAACCCUACCUCCUCGAGUGGGCCCCCUGUAUCCACACCCUUUCCAGUCCUGAGCCCAGAGUUAUUCUAAACUCCCGCUGCUGGGAGAGGGGAACUGGGAACCACUAAACGGCAGAACAGCACCCUUUUCCGGCCAUACCACCUGGGCCAGAAAAAAAAAAAAAGAGGGGGCCCAGAGAAAAGCGGGCUGUUUCUGGGGCACCGCGGAGGCCACAGAUCAGAAUCCAGCUUUUUACAAUGGAGCGGAAGCGAGCCUGGCUCAGGGCGAUUCCGGGGCGGGCUAGGCCUGCGGGUCUCUUUGCCUGGUCCCCUGGGGCUUUUCUGUCGCGGGGAGGCUUCCUGUCGCGGGCCCUGGUUCCCCCUAGCCCCCUUCCGGGAUGGGCGAGCUCCCGUCUUCAAGCCCAAGUUAAUGACUAGGGACUUUGAACUUUUUGGAGAUCUGCAAAGGGCUGGCCCCUCGGGGACAGUGACGCCCCCACCCCCUCCCCUGAGCCCGGAUCCUGGAUUACCCCAAGCCACGACCCGGCCUCCAGCCACCUCCCUGGGUCCGGCGCGGAGCCCUUCCUGGGACCCCUCCUUUCCCCCGUCCCAGCCGGGCGGCGCCGUUGGUACAUCCCGGCCAGUCCAGGUGGUAGCGCCCGCGCGGCUACCGUAAUUCCCCUACGUCCGGCGCCCCAGUUUGCGCGGAGUCGACUGAGCCCGUCCCGCGGCUCCCGUCCCCCUCUCCCAGCGCGCCCCAUGAGGCUUUGGCAGUCUCGGCCCGAGCCUUAGACACCGGGGAGGAGACCCUGGUCCUGUUCCUAGGUAUGUCACCACGCCGACUGCCAGCAGCUGCACCGCCGGGGGCCCCUCAACCUCUGCGAGGCCUGUGACAGCAAGUUCCACAGCGCCAUGCAUUAUGAUGGGCAUGUCCGCUUCGACCUUCCCCCACAAGGCUCUGUCCUGGCCCGCAACGUGUCCACUCGGUCAUGCCCGCCGCGCACCAGCCCCGCAGUGGACUUGGAGGAGGAGGAAGAGGAGAGCUCUGUGGAUGGCAAAGGGGACCGGAAGAGCACAGGCCUGAAACUCUCCAAGAAGAAAGCAAGGAGGAGACACACGGAUGACCCAAGCAAGGAGUGCUUCACUCUGAAAUUUGACCUGAAUGUGGACAUCGAGACGGAGAUCGUCCCAGCCAUGAAGAAGAAGUCGCUGGGGGAGGUGCUGCUGCCUGUAUUUGAAAGGAAGGGCAUCACGCUGGGCAAAGUGGACAUCUACCUGGACCAGUCCAACACACCGCUGUCCCUCACCUUCGAGGCCUACAGGUUCGGGGGACACUACCUUCGUGUCAAAGCCAAGCCUGGAGACGAGGGCAAGGUGGAGCAGGGCGUGAAGGACUCCAAGUCCCUGAGUUUGCCGAUCCUCCGGCCGGCUGGGACCGGGCCCCCCGCCCUGGAGCGUGUGGACCCCCAGAGCCGCCGGGAGAGCCUGGACAUCUUGGCCCCUGGCCGCCGCCGCAAGAACAUGUUGGAGUUCCUGGGGGAGGCGAGCAUCCCCGGGCAGGAGCCCCCUACGCCCUCCAGCUGCUCUCUGCCCAGCGGCAGCAGUGGCAGCACCAACAGCGGCGACAGCUGGAAGAACCGGGCGGCCAGUCGCUUCAGCGGCUUUUUCAGCUCCGGCCCCAGCACCAGCGCCUUUGGCCGGGAGGUAGACAAAAUGGAGCAGCUGGAGGGCAAGCUGCACACCUACAGCCUCUUCGGGCUGCCCAGGCUGCCCCGGAGGCUGCGCUUCGACCAUGACUCCUGGGAGGAGGAGGACGAUGAGGACGAGGAUGAGGACAAUGCCUGCCUGAGGCUGGAGGACAGCUGGCGGGAGCUCAUUGAUGGCCAUGAGAAGCUGACCCGGCGGCAGUGCCACCAGCAGGAGGCGGUGUGGGAGCUGCUGCACACGGAGGCCUCCUACAUCAGGAAACUGCGGGUGAUCACCAACCUGUUCCUGUGCUGCCUCCUGAACCUGCAAGAGUCAGGGCUGCUGUGUGAGGUGGAGGCGGAGCGCCUGUUCAGCAACAUCCCGGAGAUCGCGCAGCUGCACCGCAGACUGUGGGCCAGCGUGAUGGCGCCGGUGCUGGAGAAGGCGCGGCGCACGCGAGCGCUGCUGCAACCCGGGGACUUCCUCAAAGGCUUCAAGAUGUUCGGCUCGCUCUUCAAGCCCUACAUCCGCUACUGCAUGGAGGAGGAGGGCUGCAUGGAGUACAUGCGCGGCCUGCUGCGCGACAACGACCUCUUCCGGGCCUACAUCACGUGGGCUGAGAAGCACCCACAGUGCCAGAGGCUGAAGCUGAGCGACAUGCUGGCCAAACCCCACCAGCGGCUCACCAAGUACCCGCUGCUGCUGAAGUCGGUGCUGAGGAAGACCGAGGAGCCCCGCGCCAAGGAGGCCGUCGUCGCCAUGAUCGGCUCCGUGGAGCGCUUCAUCCACCACGUGAACGCGUGCAUGCGGCAGCGGCAGGAGCGGCAGCGGCUGGCGGCCGUGGUGAGCCGCAUCGACGCCUACGAGGUGGUGGAAAGCAGCAGCGACGAAGUGGACAAGCUCCUGAAGGAAUUUCUGCACCUGGACUUGACAGCGCCCAUCCCCGGCGCCUCCCCGGAGGAGACGCGGCAGCUGCUGCUGGAGGGGAGCCUGAGGAUGAAGGAGGGGAAGGACAGCAAGAUGGAUGUGUACUGCUUCCUCUUCACGGAUCUGCUGUUGGUGACCAAGGCAGUGAAGAAGGCAGAGAGGACCAGGGUCAUCAGGCCACCCCUGCUGGUGGACAAGAUUGUGUGCCGGGAGCUACGGGACCCUGGGUCCUUCCUCCUUAUCUACCUGAAUGAGUUUCACAGUGCUGUAGGGGCCUACACGUUCCAGGCCAGCGGCCAGGCCUUGUGCCGUGGCUGGGUGGACACCAUUUACAAUGCCCAGAACCAGCUGCAACAGCUGCGUGCACAGGAGCCCCCAGGCAGCCAGCAGCCCCUGCAGAGCCUGGAAGAGGAGGAGGAUGAGCAGGAGGAGGAAGAGGAAGAGGAGGAGGAGGAGGAGGAGGAAGAAGGUGGCGAGGACAGUGGCACUUCAGCUGCCAGCUCCCCUACCAUCAUGCGGAAAAGCAGUGGCAGCCCCGACUCUCAGCACUGUGCCUCAGAUGGCUCCACGGAGACCCUGGCCAUGGUUGUGGUAGAGCCUGGGGACACGCUGUCCUCCCUCGAGUUGGACGGCGGUCCUUUCAGCUCCCAGUCUGAUGAGACCUCUCUCAGCACCACUGCCUCAUCUGCUACGCCCACCAGUGAGCUGCUGCCCCUGGGUCCGGUGGACGGCCGCUCCUGCUCCAUGGACUCUGCCUACGGCACCCUCUCCCCAACCUCCUUACAAGACUUUGUGGCCCCAGGCCCCAUGGCAGAGCUAGUGCCUCAGCCCCCAGAAUCCCCACGAGCUCCUUCCCCUCCACCCUCGCCCCGUCUCCGCCGCCGCACCCCUGUCCAGCUGUUGACCUGCCCGCCCCACCUGCUCAAGUCUAAGUCUGAGGCCAGCCUCCUCCAGCUGCUGGCAGGGGCUGGCACCCAUGGGACACCCUCUGCCCCCAGCCGCAGCCUGUCAGAGCUCUGCCUGGCUGUUCCAGCCCCAGGUAUUAGGACUCAGGGCUCCCCUCAGGAAGCUGGGCUCAGCUGGGAUUGCCGAGGGGCCCCUAGCCCUGGCAGUGGUCCUGGGCUAGUCAGCUGCCUGGCCGGGGAACCUGCAGGCUCCCACAGGAAGAGGUGUGGAGACCUGCCCUCGGGGGCCUCUCCCAGCGUCCAGCCUGAGCCCCCACCAGGGGUCUCUGCCCAGCACAGGAAGCUGACCCUGGCCCAGCUCUACCGAAUCAGGACCACCCUGCUGCUUAACUCCACGCUCACUGCCUCGGAGGUCUGAGCAGAGGGAGGACCCCAAGAGUGCCAUUGACCAAGAGACAGCAGACAGCCUGCCUCCUGGGGUGCGCCGGCACCUGCUUCAGCUGCUGCCUCCUGUGUGCAUGAGCCGGAUGCUGGGCAGGAUCCCUGCCUACGCCCGGGCCCGAUUUGCGCUUUGCCAGACUGGAUGGAGUGGAGGAGGCCCAGGCCACAGUACCACCCCACCUGCCCAGGCAGCCCCUCAUCACCUACUCCCCGAAGUUACCAGCUCAGCUCCAGUCUUCAGGGCUGGGUUCCCAGGCUGCCCAUCCCACUUCUACCCUCACUGGCUUCCAGUGGGAUUCGCUCCUAUCCUGCCCCCACCUUCCCAGUCCCACAGGCCACCCCUGGCUUGGGCUGGGUUCUGUAAAGUUACGUAUUUAUUGAGCUUUUGGUUCUUUUAUAAAGACUUGUCUAGACUCCA